AUGUGGCAAGCAUUACGGGGCGUUGCUGCAGGAUUCGCGAGCAGUUCUGUGCGGCAGAAUCCACGGCCUGUGCAAUAUAUACCAAUCGUGCACCGCACACUGACUACGACGCCCGUAUGGAAUGUGACGUUGCAACAAGCGAUGCGAGGUGCCCGGCGACCGCAUCGUCCGCCGGUCAACCGUGUGCCCGCCCUGGAAGGUUGCCCGUUUGUCAAGGGCGUGUGCACCAAGAUCUUCACGACUAAGCCAAAAAAGCCGAACUCGGCUAUACGAAAAAUGGCGCGUGUGCGCCUCACCAAUGGACGCACAGUAACGGCGUAUAUUCCAGGAGAAGGACAUAACCUACAGGAACACAGCGUGGUGCUUAUGCGCGGUGGGCGUGUUCAGGAUGUGCCUGGUGUACGAUACACUCUUGUGCGUGGUGCACUAGACUUUGGCGGUGUGGUGGGCCGUACAACGUCGCGCUCGAAGUACGGAGCCAAGAAGCCUAAGGAUGCUUUGUAG